AUGCACCGUCCCUUCGUUCUUGCCAGCUUGGCGCUCUUUUUGAGCCAAGCUGCUGCCUUUGAGGGCAAUCUCAGAACCAAACCGGAGCUCAUUCCGAAUGCAUUUGUGGUUGAGCUUCGCGAUCCAAUAAGUCUCGGCCGCCGUUCGGACGAACACACCCACGUGUCAUUCAAGCGUGCGCUCUCGUCCUUGACCUCCUUCGAUGUGCGAUACGAACACACCAAUCAUGAACUUUUCUAUGGCAUCUCGAUAAACAUUCACAACAAUGAGUCUCUCGCUGUGUUGAAGUCUCUACCUGAAGUUGUCAACGUCUCCCCAGUCCAGUUCAUCCCACGGCCCCUUCUUGCUAUCGAUUAUGAAAGUCGCUCGGAGUCAUCCUCUUCGGUGCAUACUUCUCGUAAGCUAGCAAAGAGACAGCAGAUUCCCGAGAAUAACUUGGACUACAACGUCCCUCACACAAUGACUGGAGUUGACCGUGUGCACGCUGCUGGCAUCAAAGGAAAAGGAGUUAAGAUCGCCGUCUUGGACUCUGGUGUCGACUACUAUCAUCCUGCCCUCGGCGGCUGUUUUGGACCUGGAUGCAAGAUCUCGUUCGGAUAUGAUCUCGUUGGUGAUGGGUACGACGGAUACGGUACCCCAGUUGAAGAUGCAGAUCCUCUGGGUGCGUGUGUUGGGGGUGGACAUGGCAGUCACGUCUCAGGAAUCAUCACCAUGGAUUCAUCUUCCAACGAUACCUUCAAAGGCAUGGUGGGCGUCGCACCUGAAGCAACAUUAGGUAUGUACCGCGUCUUCGGCUGCUCCGGCGGCGUUGGCAGCGACGUACUCGUGGCCGCAAUGAUGCCCGCCGCCAGCGAUGGAGCCCAGAUCAUCAGCAUGUCUAUCGGCGGUUUUUCCUCGGUCGGCAACUCGCCAAACGAUCCUUACCACGUCCUGAUCCAGAACCCUGCUGCCAUUGCAGUCGGCUCUAUUGAAAACACUCUUUUCCAGACGUUUGAGCUGAUUGAUUCAAAUGGCGAACACAUUCGUUAUGGAAGUCUUUACCCCUUUCCCCUGAACCGCACGCUAAUGGCGGUGCACGUCGGCGAUGGGGGCGUCCAGGGCAACCUCGGAUGUCGGGCGGCGGACUAUGAUGCCAUUGCAAGCAAAGUCACUGGUUCGAAGGAGAACUACGUGAUCGUGGUUCAACGUGGACUUUGCGGCCUUUCCUUGAUUCAGGAUGUUGCAGCUACCGCAGGCUUCAACAACAUCCUGACAUAUCCUGAUAAGGACGUUCUUGACAAUCCAUUUUUGGAGGGAUUCAGUGCAAGCUUGCCAAAUGCUGCGCGUAGCUUCGGUAUAACGACAAACAACAAGAUUCAGGUUGGAUCUCUGAAAGGCGGAUACUCUGUAACGUUUCAAACUGCUGUUCCCCAACUCACACGACAAGCGUGGGGCGGCCAGAUGAACAACUUUAGUAGUCCAGGACCUGUGUGGGAUUUCAGCCUCAAGCCUCAGAUCAGUGCCCCUGGCGGUCAAAUUCUGUCGACCUGGCCCCUUGCUGCAUCAGGAUGGGCGCUGGCUAGCGGCACCUCAAUGGCUACGCCGUACCUUUCUGGUGUUCUCGCACUCGUGAAGUCGCGAUUUCCGGAACAAUCAGUGACCGAGAUACUCAACCGUCUCCAGUCAACCUCAAAGCCGACAGCUCGCGCCACCCGUAACGAUGUUUCGCCUCCUGUUCAUCAGGGAGCCGGCUUGGUCGACGCCUACAACGCGAUCUUCUAUCCUUCAUUCAUCUCGCCUGGCCAGUUUGAUCUCGGUCCCAAUGAGAUCGUCGCCCGGUCCAGCUACUCUAUCAAUAUUGCAAACCCGUCAGACAAAGCCAUAAAGUAUACCCUAGGUCACACCCCAGCUCCUGGCAUGGCUCGCUACCCUAAUCCGGACGUCUCCGACCAGGUCGGAUUCUUCAGCAAUGUCUAUCAACGACUAGCCUCUCUCCCUUUCGCAGCAACUAUCAACUUCCCAGAAGGUUCAAUAGUCACUCUAGGUCCUGGUGAAAGCAAGACUAUUUCCGUGGAGAUCGUCCCGCCGCAAAACCUCCGAGCUUUCAUGAUCCCUUUCUACUCAGGCUUCAUCUCCAUCUCCUCUGACCAUAAUGAAAAGCUUUCUAUUCCAUACCAAGGGGCCGGGUACAGCUACACAGCUGCUCCAAGCUUGGGAACCGAUCCUGGGCCGCCUAACGUCCUCAUACCCGUUACCGAGUAUCCCGCGUUUGGAGCUCCACAGCUUGUCACGUCUGACGGCUUCGGCAUUCAGGACUACAUCAAGAUUGAUCCCGCCGAGCUGACCCUUUACUAUGCCGGAAUGCAGCCUGUGCGGAUCGAGAGGCUGGACGUCCAUCGGGCAGACACAGACUUCAAGCCCAAGUGGUAUGGAUUCAAUCAGAAUAGACCUCUGAACUACACCAAGACAGCGCAGCCUAUCAACGGCACAGUCGCCGGCGCCGAGUUAUUGGGCAACCUGUACGUUAACUACAACAAUGCGCCUGUGACUAGCUUGUUUGACUCCUGGCCUGUUCCAAGGUUGUGGGACGUCGAGACAGCGUCUGUCCCAAUACCUAUGUUGAAGGGCGGAUACAGACUACUGAUAUCUCACUUGAAGUAUGGUGCGGAUGAGACUAAGCCUGAGGACUGGUCUACCUGGAUGAGCGGUGUUAUCGAUGUUCCCGAAGAUUACUACCCAUAA